GAAGUGCAACGUGAACUGAACUGAACUGUACUGUACUGCUCUAGCUAGCCUGAUGCAGAUAAUGGCAACGUUUGUAUUGAUCUUAAAUAGUUUGUAGCUUGCUACCUUAUCAGCGCGACAACAUUAUUAGUAUUUCGAAUAAUAUUGGAACUGUACCUUUUAUGCAGUAGUGGCCAAGUAAGUUAUCUAAAUGUGAGGGUAAUUAUCACGUUAGCUAAGCUUGUUAGCUAGCGAGCGUUAGUCAAGGCACCUAGCAACGGAACGACGUUUACUUGACGACCAUUCGUUUGCAGAUUCGCAGUGUGUACAGAAGCUGGUUGCUGGAGUGGAGACUUGUUUUUCAGCCACCACGAUGAGAUUAAAAACAUCGUUACAGAAGGAGCCAAAACAUAAGGAGCUUGUGAGCAGCGUGGGCUGGACUAGCGCGGACGAGCUGUAUUCCUGUAGCGAGGACCACCAGAUCCUGAAGUGGAACGUGCUCACCGGGGACACCACCCUGGUGGUGAAGCUGCAGGAGGACAUCUUCCCCGUUGAUCUGCACUGGAUCCCGAAGACUGUAGGUGGCAAGAAGCAGGCCCUGGCAGAGAACUUCGUGCUGACCAGCACUGAUGGGAAGUUCCACCUGUUCUCCAGGACAGGUCGUGUGGAGAAGAGUGUUGAGGCCCACAAGGGAGCCGUGCUGGCGGGGAGGUGGAGCUACGACGGCACCGCUCUCAUCACAGCUGGAGAGGAUGGUCAGAUCAAGAUCUGGUCCAAGACUGGCAUGCUCAGGUCUACCCUGGCCCUGCAAGGGUCUCCGGUGUACUCUGUGUCCUGGGGUCCUGACUCUGACAGGAUUCUCUACACGUCCGGCAGACAGCUGGUCAUCAAGCCCCUGCAGCCCAGCGCCAAGGUCCAACAGUGGAAGGCUCAUGAUGGGGUCAUUCUGAAGGUGGACUGGAACUCAGUCAACGACUUGAUCCUAUCAGGAGGAGAGGACUGUAAAUACAAGGUGAGGUGUAGCUGUGUAGAUACCAGACUGGGUCUGUCUCUUAUAGAAGCCUCGACUGUUGUCCUGGUAGCAGGCUUCUUACCCCUGCCCCCUCCCCCUCAGUGGUCGUACGCCCUGGAGAAGCCCAGCUCAGGAAGCGUGUUCAGCGUGGCGUGGGCGGCCGACGGCUCUCAGCUGGCCGGGGCUUGUGGGAACGGCCAGGUGCUUCUCGCUCACGUGGUGGAGCAGCGCUGGGAGUGGACGAGCUUCCAGAUCACCCUCACCAAGAGGAGGAGCAUGCAGGUGAGGAACGUGCUGAAUGAUGCAGUAGACAUGCUGGAGUUCAGAGACCGGGUCAUCAAGGCCUCUCUUGCUCACGGCCAUCUGGUGGUCGCCACCUCUCUACAGUGCUACGUUUACAAUGUGAAGAACUGGAAUACUCCCCUGAUCUUUGACCUGAAGGAGGGAACCGUCAGCCUCAUCCUGCAGGCAGAGAAACAAUUCCUCCUGGUGGAUGGUGCUGGUGUUUAUGUCUUUUCCUACGAGGGUCGUCUUGUCUCCUCCCCCAAGUUCCCUGGGAUGAGGACCGACACGCUGAGCCAGCAGUCCAUCUCCCUGAGCAACGACACCAUCGCCAUCCGGGACAAGAGCGACCAGAAGGCCAUCUUCCUCUUUGACGCCCUGACUGGGAAAGCCCUCGGAGACGGGAAACCACUGAUGCACAAGAUGGAAGUGGUGGAGAUAUCUCUGGACCAGUGUGGUUCUUCUGGAGAGAGGAAGAUUGCCCUUAUAGACAAGAACCGUGACCUUUACCUGGCCCCUGUACGCCCCCUGGCACGGGGGCGGGGCCCCACACAGAUAGGGACCAUGGUGGUCACCAUGGCCUGGAACGACACAGCCAACAUCCUGUGUGGCUUCCAGGACAGCCAGCUGUGCGUGUGGCUGGACCCAGGCUGUGUGUUCACUGACAAGGACCUGCUGCCCCACACCCUGGUCAGCAAGGAUGCCAGUGAGUUCAGCCGCUCCCCCCACAUCCUGAGCUACGUGGGCUCCAAGGUGACGGUUCGCCGUAGCGACGGCUCGCUGGUGUGCAGCAGUGUGACUCCCUACGCCAGCCUGCUGCACCAGUACAGCGCCACCUCCCGCUGGGAGGACGCACUGCGCCUCUGCCGCUUCGCUAAGGACCAGUCACUGUGGGCGUGUCUUGCUGGCAUGGCAAUGGCCAAUCGGGAGCUGAGCACAGCUGAGGUGGCCUAUGCAGCCAUUGGAGAGGUAGACAAGGUCCAGUAUAUUACCUCCAUGAAGGAGCUUCCGUCCAGGGAGUCGUUGCUGGCUCACUUGCAGCUGUUCAGUGGCCACGUGCAGGAAGCAGAGGGCAUGCUGCUGCAGGCUGGCCUCACAUACCAGGCCAUCCAGCUGCACAUCUGCCUCUACCACUGGGACCGGGCUCUGGAGCUAGCUGUGAAGUAUAAGACCCAUGUGGACACAGUUCUGGCCUACAGACUGAAGUUCCUGCAGGACUUCAGCAAGCAGGAGACCAACAAGCGUUUCCUGCAGUACGCAGAAGGGGUGGAGGUGGACUGGGAGAAGGUGCAGGCCAAGGUGGAGAUGGAGCUGGCCAAGGAGAGAGAGCGAGCAGUCAGCACCUCCAUCAAGAACAGCCUGGGACCUCCACACUGACACACACACACACACACACUGACACACACACACACUGAUACACACACACACACACUGACACACACACACACACACACACUGACACACACACACACACUGACACACACACACACACACUGACACACACACACACACUGACACACACACACAAACUGACACACACACACACACACACACACACACACACACACACACACACACACUGACACACACACACACACACACACACACACUGAUACACACACACACACUGACACACACACACACACACUGACACACACACACACACACACUGACACACACACACUGAUACACGCUACUUAUUGUACAUCUCUAACGUAUAUACAUGUAUACUGUCAUAUGAUAUAAGCUACCAUAUGUACCUUUAGUCUUGAUAACACUAUAUAAGACCAGUUACUGUUAGUGUGUGUAAUGUGAUGUUGUACAUGUUCAACAGAGUGGUAUAGUGUACGGAUUUAAAGUGACCGUUUGGGUGUUUUAUUUUAUUAGUAUAGAUAUUUUUACACUUGUUGCCUUAAAUUGUUCAAAAUAAAAUCAGUGAGGAAAAUGCA